AUGCAACCAACUUUGUCUAUCUUUGAACAUUUGAAUGGCCAAACAGCGGGAACAUAUUGUGAAAGGUGGCUCGAGGAUAGAGAAAUGGAAGCUGCACAACUACACAUUAUCUUAAAUUGCAAAGAGGUUAAGCCAUUUAUUGAUAUGUAUGUCCAAAGUUUGAAAAGUAUGUAUGGGGAUGUCAAUGACGAUAUCAUUGAUAAACAACUAGAAGCUGACUUUCCACGCUGGUUUCAAAAAUACGUGACGAUGAAUUGCAAACAUAAGAGACAAAAUUCUGACUUGUAUGAUUUGGCAAGGGGGCCUUUGAGACUAGCGAAAUCUUGGCCUAUUUAUUUUGCAAAUGGAUACAAAUUUCACACAACUUCUUGGGGUGAAGGAAAAACAACCUAUAACAGUGGGGUGUGUGUUAGUGGAAUAGGACAAGAUGAAACUUCAAAUGACUAUUAUGGCAUUCUUACAGAAAUUCUAGAAUUUCAAUGGCCAAGUCAAACAACAAAAACGUUAUUUUUAUUUUACUGUGAUUGGUUUGACCCUUCAAGACAUGGGAUGCGAAUACAUCGUCAGUACAAGAUUGUAGAAGUUCGUAAGGGGAGAAAAUAUAGUAAAUUUGAUCCUUUUAUUUUUCCAAAAGCUGCAACUCAAGUUUAUUAUUCACCUUAUCCUGGGCGCCCAAGAGAUAAGGUUGAUUGGUUGGUAGCUAUAAAGACAAAGCCAAGAGGGGUUGUUGAUGAUAGGCACACAUUAGAGGUUGCUUUUCAAGUUCAAGAGUCACAAGUUAAUGCAACAAUUGAAGAUGACCCAAUUGAUCUCCUACAAGAUGAUGAAGUUAAUGGUGAAGAGGUUAGUUUGUCAACAAUACAAGAAAAUGAAGAUGAAGAGGAUUCCAAUGACGAUGAUGAAAAUUUUUAA